AUGUCGCGUGCAGGACAACCAGUUGAUGCCUCUCCACUGGGCCGACCCCUGGAGUUCCCCUUCUCCGGCCGGGCUGCUCGUAACCGUUUCCUCAAGGGUGCCAUGAGUGAGCGCUUGUCUUCAUGGUCGGAGGACAAUCUGUCGGCGCGUGGCAUUCCUUCUCAAACGCUGGUGGAAACCUAUUCUACCUGGGGCCAAGGGGAGAUCGGCCUGAUCUUGACGGGCAACGUCAUGAUUCAUCCGCAACAGCUAGAGACGGAAGGCAACCUGAUCAUCCCCGCAGAUUCGCCCUUCGAAGGGGAACGGUUUGAGCAGUACCAAAAGCUGGCUGCCGGCGCCACCGCGAAGGGUUCGUUGAUCGUGGCCCAAGUGAGCCACCCCGGGCGACAAACCCCUUAUCAUCUGCAGCCACAUCCCAUUAGCGCCAGUGAAAUCCAGUUGGCCGGGGAGGUUCUGGGCAAUACGUAUGGCGUCCCGCGGGCCGCCAAUGACGACGACAUCCGACAGGUCAUCGAGGGCUUUGCCCAUGCCGCCGAGUUCCUAGACAAGGCCGGGUUUGAUGGCAUCCAGCUCCAUGCGGCCCAUGGCUACCUUCUGAGCCAAUUUCUUUCGGAGACAACAAACAAACGCACCGAUCGCUACGGCGGCACGCUGGCCAACCGGAUGCGGCUGAUCCUCGAGAUUCGCGACGAGAUUGCGAAGAGAGUCCGCCCAGAGUUCAUUAUCGGAGUCAAGGUGAACAGCGUGGAAUUUCAGCCCAACGGCUUCCAGCCCGAGGAAGCCCAGGAGCUGUGCCGGACGCUCGAGGACCACCGCUUUGACUUCGUGGAGCUGUCCGGAGGCACCUACGAAAACUGGAAGAUGCACGACGAAGGCAAGCGGGAUUCUACGAAACGUCGGGAAGCCUUUUUCCUGGAUUUCGCCCAGAUGAUUGUUUCCUCCCUCACCAAGACCAAGUCGUAUUUGACCGGUGGCUUCCGUUCCGCGGAGGGAAUGCUCAAAGGCCUAGAAACGUUAGACGGCGGUUUCCGGCGCCUGGUGCCUCGUAUCAACCAGUAUGAUUUUGGAUUGGCUGCCGUUGCCGCCUGCAUCCAGAUGCGCCAGAUGGGGACCGGUUUGGCACCGAUUGAUUUGAGCAUCCCGCAGGGAGCAGACUCGGUGACUGCGGCGGUCGCUAGCUGGGCAGAGCGGAAGGCCAAGGAUCGAUCUGAAGCCGCUAUCCAGCCUCCGGUCGUGCCGGGAUAUGCCGUUGCUUUGACGGUGUCAGCCUAG